CUUAUAUUUCCAUUGUCGUUCUGUCUGCAGCAUUCUUCGCCCGGGUCAUCCGAACCUCUGCCUUCUCCCAACCAACAGGAAACCCUAAUGGCGGCAUCAUCGGCCUCCUCGGACCCCUCUUCGUCCGCCUCCGCCUCCGAUUCAGCUUCUUCACCGUCUCGCCGCCGUCGCCGCCACCGCGGCGGCGGCAGCAGCAGUGGCCGCCGCGAGAGGGAGAGGGACGUCCUCAAAGUCCGUAAGAAGAGUCGGUCUCACGGCAAACGGCGUCGCAGGCAUCGCCAUCGCUCUUCUUCAGAUUCCUGCUCUUCCUCGGAUUAUUCCAGUGAUAGUUCUGAAAGCGGGCAUGACACAUCUCAUCAUUCGAAGAAGCCAAGAAAAAGUGACAAGCCCAAGAAGCUCCAGGAAAAGGAUAGGAGCAAGAAUCGCCAUCAUAAACGUGAUAAGCAUAAAGUGAAGGAGAGUCAGCAGGAUGAAAGAGGUAGCGGUCCGGUGCAGCUUUCUAAGUUUUUGGGGCGGGACCAAGAUGACCGUGUUCGUCGCAGUGCUGUCUCUGGUAAAAAGAUUCUUUUGAAACUUGACAAAACAAAGGAGGACAAGAUGGCUGAAAGCAAAAGAAGUGAACUGCUAAAGUUCUUGAAUGCUAGUUUUGAUUGAUCAUUGAGGAUGUUGGCCAAUUGUGGAGGUGAAUAUAUGACAUGAUGUUUCUUCUUCCAGUCCCAUUUGAUGGUCCCAGGUUCCUCCCUGACGACCCUCCAUUAGAUGUUAUGUUUCUCGAAGUCUUGGAAGUUGGGUCUUUAUCCAUGAGAAGCUGCUGUGAGCUUCUUGGUGACUUUGAUUUGGAUGACAUAAGUAAAAGAAUGGCAUUUUGACUGUUUUAGUUGCUUGUUCUCUUGGCAAUGAUUGAAGCGGAUCUAGUUUCCAUGGAUGCUUUCAACUUUCACCCGUUAAAGGGCAGAAUUUUGUUUUA